AUGGGACGGCAGCGCCGUGCUGUCGGCGGCCACUUGACUUCCGGAAAGCGACAGCUGCGGGGAAUUCGCCACGCCGGCGGCCGGCGGCCCUGGGAGCGGCAGCGCCUGCGUCGGAGAUGCGUCGGCAAAGGCGGGCAGAUUGUGGGCGCGAGAGGCCAGCACGUAUCGCGCGCGGCAUCUGCCGUGGAUUUACUGCGGGGGCGGCGCGCCGCCCUCUCAUCUCGCCGCCCGGCGCCUCGCCUCGCCUCGCCGGGACACGGGACAGGCGCUGAGGGGCCCGGCCGGGUGCGCGGGAAGGGAGCUGGGAAGCUGGGAUACGGGCGCCAGAGGAGCGUGUCGCUGGCGCCGUGCGAUGUGGGCCGGCAGUCGGCGGCGGCGGCGGCGGUGGCAGGUGCCCCGGAGGGCAGUGCGCGGGGGACCGGUGCACAAAUCAGGGGGGCGGCGGGGGCGGUCGGGGCGGCGGGGGCGGCGGGGGCGGCGGGCGGCUCCCGAGGGAACACUCGCGGGCCCUAUCUGCGCUCCGCCGGCUCCGCAGCCAGAGCCAGGGCUGCACGGAAGGGAAGAGGGCCGCCAGGGAGGCUGCAACACCCGUGCGGCGCCGGCGCCGGCGCCCGAGGGGAUGCCCGGGCGAAACACGUGGAGUACACUGCCGUUGCUGCCGAGGACAUCGUAGCGCUGCUGAAGAUGGCAGUGUUUGUAUUAAUGAUGGUAGUUGUACAUUAA